AUGCUUGAGGCUUGCUCUUAUGAUAUUACCGGUGAGAUAUCACAACUGGAAAUUCCUACGGAGGAAGGGGUUAACUAUAUAAAGGAUGGACCCCCAAUACCUAAGAAGGUGAUGUUCGAGAAGUUCGUUGACGACUUGUUCUUUGGUGGAGAUACAGCAGAAGAAGCACGGUCGAGUAAGGAGUUCGUAACUCACUUCUUUAAGGGACAUGGGUUGAUCACUGAUCCACUUAAGGAUCUUACAACCUGUCAUGGAGGUCGAGAGGAACUGCAUGAUGACGGCCAUCUACUCGGCUAUACUUUAGCCCUUGAUAAGGAUCAACUUGUGUGUAUGUUCUCUGGUUACAUGCCCGCUGAGCAGUGUGACAAAAGAAGGGCUUGUGCUAUACUUUCUUCGCUGUAUGACCCUAUGGGAUUGUUAUUGGAAGUGGACAUGGCUGGAAGGUUAAUAUGGCGAGAUAUCUGUGCUACGUGUAAGGAAUGGUCAAGUAUCCUAACGGUGGAAUUGAUUGAUCGGUUGAAGCUUUGGGUACGACAAGUUGAAGAAGUGGUCGCUAAUACACGCACGCAACGGUUUGUUGAGCUCGCUGAGAAGGGUAUUAUUGUGUCCACGGAUGCUUCCAAUGAUGCAUGGGGUGUUGAUAUAAGUGCACAGGUGACUACCUUCCGGUAG